AUGCGUCAUCCCUUUCAUUCGGCGAGGAGCGCUUGUGAUGAGGGCUAUAUCUAUAAAAUUGCAAAUGAGGCUUACCGCCUGUCUCUCUGUAUGCUCAAGCCACCUUUCCAGUUCUAUGUGGUGCUGAAAGAACGGCGUGCCACCGGAGCGGAUGGAAACGAAAAAGCGUCUUAUGCUUCCGCCAAGAAUCAUACGAAGGAAAGAAUUGGUUCCAGUCUAUUGAGUAACUCGCUGCUGUUCCCCCAAGAUGACAGUGUGGUUGAUGUCAAUCGCGUUGAUGCAAAUGGUGUCGGUGGCUGCCAAAGGCUCGAACUGCAGCUUGUGAAUCUCUAUAAGCCAGUUUUGCGGCGCGAUUCAAGCACAAUGUCCUUUUAG